AUGGCUGGCAAAAUGUUGAGUCACUCUAUCGAAACACUGGCCCUCACCGGUGCCACUGCCGUGACACAUGUCAUUAGUGACAAUGCAGUGCUCGAGUCACAGACGAAGGAUCGGCUAGACGCAAGGAAUGCCAACGGGUACGUAGAUUUGAAAACAAGUUUGGAACCAAUUAAGCAGGGGUCCAUAAUAUUCAACUGCCGCAACGAUGUUUUGGCAUUAUCCAAAUUGCUAAGCCCACAAGAAUCCUCACAGUGUGAAAUAUUACAGGUAUUGAUCCCACUACGUACGACGGAUUGCACCUCUACGAGUUUUGAUCAGUUGUUCUUCAACGAGGCAAACAGAGACCAUUGUCUCAAUCUUCUGCUAAACUGUUACACCUUCUAUUUCUUUGAUGGUGAAAGCACGCUGUCCGAAUGCAACGUGAAAACGUUCCAAGUAAUUGAACAGUUUUAUUCAUUCGUAUCCACCAUGAUGCCAGAUAAAGUACCUCAAAUGAAUAUGAUUCUAUUGGAGAAACGCCGGGACACAUACGUGCCAAAAAGACACAGAAACUUCAAUCUUACUAUCAAACUUCCUGAAAAACCAAAACAAUCUUCUGAUGCAUUUGUACAGUCGAUAAAACAAGAUUUCAUACCGUAUACAGAUAAUUUCUUAAGAGAGAACUUCCGACUCCCAUCCCUUCUCCGACACCCAGGUUCCUUUGAGAAAAAUACUCGCUUACCGAACUGGUUGCAGAUCCUAAUCAAUAACAAAGAUGAACUCUCGGUUUUGAACUACGCUUGGAAAGGUUUCACGCUACUGGAACAGUUGGAGCUAGAUAGGAUCAAGUCAUGUUUCCCAGAAAGCGAGCCAGAACAAUUUUCCCCUAUCACUUUAACUAGCAAAGGUAUCAAGGGGAUAUGCUUGAUGAAUUCGAAAGGGGACUUUAACAUUUACUCAUUAUCGUCGCUACAAAGACAAUACAAGCACAGAAAGAAGAAAAUACAGUACCCACUUGGCAACCGUUACACGAGUAGAAACCGCAGCGUCGAGCAUUUGAAGCAGAAACCUAGAAACCUUCGCAUUUCAAUCCCUCUAAGUUGUACUGACUUCACUUCAGCCGAGAAUGGAUCGCCUUCUUCAUCCGAUUCGGAGGUGCUUCAAACCCCAUACUAUGAGUAUAAAAUAGACAAAGCCAUCCAAUCAUUCUCAAAAAACAGAUACUUCAAUAUUCUACCUUAUGAGCAUUCUCGGGUCAAACUGGCAAAUGGUGAUGACUACCUCAAUGCAAACUAUCUGGAGAUGCCCCAAAUAAACUCGGAUUUUAGAUAUAUAGCAACACAAGCUCCCCUGGAAAACACGAUUCACGAUUUCUGGCAAAUGGUGCAUUCGGAAAAUGUUAAAGUCAUUGUGUCCCUAAACUCGACAGAGGAACUGAAAUUAAAAAAAUGGAACUUGUAUUGGAACGAUAAAAAUGAUAAUAUCAUAGAGCGUGAUGUUCAAUUGAUAACAACAUAUAAGGAUUUACUCAAUUUCGAGGGUUGUACGUUAAGGAUUUUCCAGAUGAAUGCCAAGGGUUCUGAUGAAAAAACGCCGCCCAAAACCGUUUACCAUUUACAAUACUCCAACUGGCUCGAUUCGUGUGGAAUCAAAAUUCAAGAUUUUCUAUUACUCUAUAAGAUCAAAAACCACUUGAUAUACAAUGAUAGGAAAUUUAUUGAGUCGUUGGCAUCCAAGAAAGGGUGUCAAUAUUUGCAGCAAAAUAUCCACCCAACGAGCACUGGAAUGCUUAGACAAUCGGCACUUUUGGUGCAUUGUUCUGCUGGUUGUGGAAGGACUGGCGUGUUUAUCACCUUGGAUUUCUUGUUAAACUUGUUUCAGAACGAAUUGAAUACAGGUAACAUGAUUGAUGUUUGGAACAUGAACCAGGAUUUGAUUUUUAUAAUUGUCAAUGAAUUGCGGCGCCGGCGCUUAUCCAUGGUCCAAAACUUUGCACAAUAUAUAACUUGCUAUGAUGGUGUCAUAGAUUACUUUACAAGAUCUAUUUCGUCUUAA